GGAACCUUUGUUUAUAACUUUUAAAUUUGUCCACAAAACGCUCAUUUCCUUCUUUCCCCUCCCUCGGUUCCGUCGGCCGGCAGUCCUUCCGCUGUCUUUUACACCAUUGCCAACUGUAAUACAGCUACAUUCACGUAAGAAGACGACGACAUUGUCAAGUGAGAAGAAAAACAAGUCUAAGAAGGAGGACGAAGAGGAGGAAGAUGAGCGUGAUCGAUCUGAUAACUAGAGUCGACUCGAUUUGCCGGAAGUUCGAUAAGUACGAUGUGGAUAAGCAAGCUGAACUUAACGUCUCCGGCGAUGAUGCUUUCGCUCGCCUCUACGCCGUAGUCGAGGCCGAACUCGACUCCACAAUCGAGAAAGCGGAGUCUGUGGCAUCGGCGAAGAAUCGGGCUGCCGUUGUUGCUAUCAAUGCCGAGAUCCGGAGGACCAAAGCUCGGUUGCUUGACGAGAUUCCGAAAUUGCAGCGACUUGCUAUGAAGAAGGUCAGAGGUCUUUCGAGGGAAGAGCUUGAGGCUCGCAGUGAUUUGGUUUCUGCACUAAAAGAUAGGAUCGCGUCGGUGCCUGAUGGAACCACGACUGCAGCCCAACCAAGCAGCAAUGGAGGAGCUUCAGCAUCUACUGGAAUUAAGUUUAAUUCAAACUAUGAUGGCAGUUUUGAUAGUGAUUACUUCCAAAACACUGAAGAGACCGACCGAUUCAGGCAGGAAUACGAAAUGCGUAAAAUGAAACAGUCUGCGCAGGAUGAAGGUUUAGAUGUUAUAGCUGAAGGAUUGGAUACUUUAAAGGACAUGGCGCAUGAUAUGAAUGAGGAAUUGGAAAGACAAGUACCCCUGGUUGAUGAAAUUGACGAGAAGGUUGAUAAAGCAUCAUCGGACCUCAGAAAUACUAAUGUGAGACUCAAAGAUACUGUAAACCAGCUAAGAUCCAGCCGCAACUUUUGUAUCGACAUCAUCCUCUUGUGCCUCGUGUUGGGCAUUGCUGCCUAUUUAUACAACGUGUUAAAGUGAAGAUCUUUACAAAAUCCCACUCUUUUGGAAGAAGUUGUUGCCGUUGGCUGGCGUUGAUGGUGGCUUCUGUGGCUUGAGAAGUUCCCUCUGUUUGCGUGACUGCAGUCUGUCCACUGCAUGUUUGCUUGUAAUUGACUUGCCCUCUAUCUGAUAUUUCGUGGGCAACCAAAAAUUUGAUUGUUGCGUGACACUAUAUGGUGACUGUCGUCCUGUCUGUUGGCUUCCCUUUCAAUUCAAGUCCUCGAAUUAUUCUUUAUAGGAGUAUGAACAUUAGACUAUACGAAGUAUUUUCUUUUCGGCCAUGUAUUUGAGAUUUGGAAUUUUUUCUUUUUAUCAUCAAC